AUGGGGCAAAACAAUUCACUAUCAAAUAGAAUCCUUUACCAGGUUAAAGGAAAGAUAUCCAUAAUUACAUUAAACCAACCAGAUAAGUUAAAUGCACUAGGUGGUGAUGAUUACACUUACUUGGCUAAGUUGAUGGAAAAAAGCAAUAAGGAUCCUAGCACUGUAAUAACUUUGAUCAAUUCCUCAGGUCGAUAUUUUUCUAGUGGCGCUGAUUACAAAUUUAUUAAAAAAUACCAUGAACUUAUUAACGAUAAAAAAAACGAUGAAAAAGAGAUUGAAAGGCAAAACGAUCGCUUUUGGUUUAAUGAUUUUAUUCCAAGAAACUCUUACUUGACAGACUGUUUUAUAAACCACGGAAAGAUUAUAGUAGCAUGUCUUAAUGGACCUGCGAUUGGGCUAAGUGCAGCAAUGGUUGCACUUUCCGAUAUAAUCUACUCGAAGAAUGACGAUACGUUUUUAUUGUAUCCAUUCACGAAAAUUGGAUUGGUAACUGAGGGAUCGACUUCGUAUUCAUUGUUAUUACGAUUGGGCUUAUCAAGGACGAACGAAGCGUUGUUAUUAUCAAAGCCGAUUUACAAUAAAGACUUGGUUAGUUGCGGGUUUGUUAAUAAAUGCUAUAAUAUGGAUGAUUAUAAUAAGAAGGAUCAGGUGGAGGUUAAUAAAUCGACAGAGAAAUUCAACGAGUUGAUUUUAAACGAGUUGAGUGAUUCCGUUAAGUUUUUGAAUGGUGAUUCAAUUAAAGACAUCAAAAAAUUGAUCAAUUCAAAUAUAAGGCUCUAUUAUAAUAGUGCGAAUUCCAAAGAGGUGAUUCAAGGGUACAAGAAAUGGUUGACAGGAGUUCCCCAGAGGCAGUUUAUCAAUUUGGCGAAUAAAAACAUCAAACACAAGCUAUGA